ACCAAAAUGGCGACAGUAUUUGCUCGUCGUUCUUGUUUGAAAACAAUGUCAGUAGAUGUUUUAGCUGAACAUGCACACACACGAUAGCGAUAUGUCGAAACACAGUCCCGAGAAUAUGGUAAAAACAAAACCACAUUCAGUUCGUACGUACGACGAUGAAGGUUUCCGAAAACGAGCUGCAUGUCUGUGUUUUCGUAACGAAGAAGAAAACGAGAUAUUAUUGGUAUCCAGUAAAAAGUUUGGGGAUCGCUGGUUAGUGCCAGGUGGUGGUUUAGAACCGCUUGAACACCCCAGUGUGGCUGCCAUGAGAGAAGCUGUUGAAGAGGCUGGAGUGAAAGGCAGUCUUGGCAGGUGUCUUGGAGUUUUUGAAAACUCUGAAAGGAAACAUAGAACAUGUGUAUAUGUGCUGGUAGUCACAGAAUUACUUGAAACUUGGGAAGAUCAAAAAAAUUUUGGAAGAAUAAGGCAGUGGUUUCCUGUGGAUGAAGCAUUUGCACACUUGGAAUACAAACCCCUACAAAAACUUUUUCUCAUAGAAGCAUUGAAAAGCAGAUGAUUCUUGUAUCAUGGCAAAGCUACUUGAUCUUUUAGUCUGUUUGAUGGUCAAUAAUAAUUGGUUUAAAUAAUUUAUUCAAUCCCUUCUAUAAAGUAAUACACAGUCAAUGCUGUCUCUGAUGGAGACAGUUUGAUAAGAGUCACUAUGUUUUUGAGAUAAAAUUAUAAAUAUUGCUUAUUUUUAAGUCACAACUUUUUUUUAUUUUUGACAGUGUUUUGAGGUAAUCUGAAGUUUUCUGUUGUUACACUAGGCAGGUCAUGAUGUCAUUUGCCAAUCUGAAUGUAAGACAAAUUCUACAAUUUCCAGUAUUUUUCAUUGUUGUUAUAGUGUGUAACAAACAACUUUUUAGGGUUGUGUUUUAUCUGUUUCAAACCUAAUGUUAUGUGAACUUUUUUGUCUGGCAUUAAUAGAGAAGAUACCAUAUUUAGAAUAACAAGUGCUGGUUAACCAACAUUAAUGGUUAACUAGCAAUAAUGGUUAACUAGCAAUAAUGGUUAACCAACAUUAAUGGUUAACUAGCAAUAAUCUUUUGUAACUUAGAUGUGUCAAGUUAUGAGAAAAACUGAUGCUGGAGCAGAACUUGGCAAUAUCUUCCACUUGCUUAAACUAUAUCAAAUGACAACUUUUAAUAUGUGUCAA